AUGGACCCCAUUAGCUUCCAGCUGGGCACCAAGAACCAGUGGGGUUGGCUCGUGAGGCUGCUCAGCAAUCACCCAGAAUGGCUGAGUGCCAAGGUGAAGUUCUUCCUCCCCAACAUGGACCUGGGCUCCAGGAUCGAGGCCCCAGACCCCACAGAGAGGGUCCUCCUACAACUCAGGGCGCUGCACAACCAGGGUCUUGCCACCUGGCAGGCAUUCAUCCACUGUGUAUGCAUGGAGCUGGAGGUGCCCCUGGAGCUGGAGGUGCCACUGCUGAGCACUUGGGGACACGGAGACGGAUUUCCCAGUCCUUUGGAAACUCGUGAAGGAAGCCAACCUGAACCUGAGCUCCACCAUGACCUCAAGCGACCUCAUCAGAGCUGUGGGUCCUCACCCCGCCCAAAGCAGUUCAGGAAGCAGCAGCUAGAGUUAGCCAAGAGGUACCUACAGCUGCUGAAGACUUCUGCCCAGCAACGCUAUGGCGGCAAGCUCCCGGGGCCAGGGCAGCCCCUCACCUUCCACCAGGCCUACGUCCCCACAAUCCUGCAGUGGAGCCGGGCCACAGCACCCUUCAACACUCAGGAGGGGGCCGUUAUGGGGAGCCCCAGAGCAGACGAUGGCACGGACGUGAGCAUCCAGGACCUCUUCAACUCCAAAGCUGACAAGGGCCCGAGGAUAACGUUGGUCCUGGGGAAGGCCGGCAUGGGCAAGACCACACUGACCCGCUGGCUCUGCCAGAAGUGGGCAGAUGGCCAGCUAGACCGCUUUCAGGCCCUGUUCCUUUUUGAAUUCCGCCAGCUCAACCUGAUUACAGGUGUCCUGACGCUACCCCAGCUCCUUUUUGAUCUGUACUUGAGCCCCGAGGCAGCCCCUGAGGCCGUUUUCCAGUACCUGGAGGAGAAUGCUAACAGGGUCCUGCUCAUUUUUGAUGGGCUGGAGGAGGCCCUCCAUCCCUGUCCUGGCAAGGAGGCUGCAGGUUCUGAGGCACCAGGUCCAGCCCUCGCCCUCUUCUCUGACCUGUGCUGUGGGACCCUCCUGCCGGGCUGCAGGGUCAUGGCCACCUCCCGUCCAGGGAAGCUACCAGACUGCCUGCCCACAGAGGCAGCCACGAUCCACAUGUGGGGCUUUGAUGGGCCACGGGUGGAGGAUUACGUGGGCCGCUUCUUCUGCAACCACCCAUCUCAGGAGGCAGCCCUAGCAGAGCUGCGGGCAAACAGACAUCUCCGGAGCAUGUGUGCAGUGCCUGCCCUGUGCCGAGUCGCCUGCCUCUGCCUCCAGCAUCUGCUUCCAGGCAUCUCUCCAGGCCAGUCUGCAGCCCUCCUACCUACCGUGACUCAGAACUACAUGCAGAUGGUGCUCGCUCUCAGUCCCCAGGGGCACUUGGCUGCUGAGUCCCUGAGGGGCCUCGGUGAGGUGGCCCUGAGGGGCCUGGAGACUGGGAAGGUGAUCUUCUCUGCAGGAGACAUUCCUCCCCCUGUGAUGGCCUUUGGGGCUUCCCUCCGCCUGCUGAAUUCCUUCUGCGUCUGCACAGGCCGUGGACAGCAGGAGACAGGCUACGCCUUCACCCACCUCAGCCUACAGGAGUUUUUGGCUGCCCUGCAUCUGAUGGCCAGCCCCAACGUGGACAAAGAUGCACUGUCCCGCCAUGUCACCCUCAAUUCUCGCUGGGUGCUGAGGACCAAAGCUAGACUAGGUCUAUUGGACCACCUCCCCACAUUCCUGGCAGGUCUGGCAUCCAGUGCCUGCCGUCCCUUCCUCAGCCACCUAACACAGCAGGGUGAGGCAUGGGUGGGUGCCAAGCAGGCCGAAGUCAUACAGGCAUUGAAGAAGUUGGCUACCCGUAGGCUCACCGGGCCAAAGGUUGUUGAGUUGUGUCACUGUGUGGGUGAGACCCAGGAGCCUGAGCUGGCCAGCUUCAUGGCCCAAAGCCUCCCCUGUCAACUGCCCUUCCACAAUUUCCCGCUGACCUACAUAGACCUGGCUGCCCUCACCAAUGUCCUGGGGCACAGGGAUGCCCCCAUCCACCUGGAUUUUGAGGGCUGCCCCCUGGAGCCCUGCUGCCCUGAGGCCCUGGCAGGCUGUGGGCAGGUGGAGAAUCUCAGCUUUAAGAGCAGGAAGUGUGGGGACGCCUUUGCAGAAGCCCUCUCCAGGAGCUUGCCGACAAUGGGGAGCCUGAAGAAGCUGGGGUUAGCAGGAAGCAAGAUCACUGCCCGAGGCAUCCACCACCUGGUGCAGGCUUUGCCCCUCUGUCCACACCUGGAAGAGAUCAGCUUUCAGGACAACCAGCUCAAGGACCGGGAGAUGCUGAACAUCAUGGAGGUCCUCCCUUGCCUGCCACGGCUCCAGAAGCUUGACCUGAGCCACAACAAUUUCUCCAUGUCGAUCCUCCUCUGCUUUACCAAGGUGGCAGUCACGUGUCCGACUAUCAGGAUGCUGCAAGUCAGGAAGGCGGAUGUCAUCUUCCUUCUCUCCCCGCCUGCGGAGACUGCUGCAGAGCUACCUGGAGCCCCAGACCUCCAGGGAAAUGCCAGCCAGCGGAAAGAGGCUCAGAGCAGAAGCCUGACACUCAGGCUGCAGGAGUGUCGGCUAACCAUCAGUGAUGUGGAGAGGCUCAUAGGCCAGCUCCGGGAAGGCCCCCACCUGGACGAAAUAGACCUCUCAGGGAACCAGCUGGAGAACGAAGGCUGUCGACUGAUGGCAGAGGCUGCCUCCCAGCUGCACAUCACUGGGAAACUGGACCUCAGUGACAACAGGCUCUCGGUGGAAGGGGUGCACUGCAUGCUGAGGGCAGUGAGCAUGUGCCGCAACCUGGCAGACCUGCAUAUCAGCCUCAUGCACAAAACUGUGGUCCUCACGUUUGCCCCGGAGCUGAAGGAGCAGGAGGGGACCCAGGAGAGGGCUGCAUCUCUUGACAGCCUUAUGUUCCAGAUGUCCUCUGAGCCAUCCUGGUGCUCCCUGAGGAUCAGGCUGACACACUGUGGUUUGCGAGCUGAGCACCUAGAGCAGCUCUGCACAGCGCUGGGAGGAAGCUGCCGCCUGGGCUGCCUUGACUUAUCAGGCAAUGCUUUGGGGGACAAAGGUGUGGCCCAGCUGGCUCGGUGGCUCCCAGAGCUGGGCACUCUGCAGUCCUUGAACCUCAGUGAGAAUGGCUUGUCCCUGGACGCUGUGUUUGGUUUGGCCCAGUAUUUCUCUACUGUGCAGUGGAUCCUCCACCUGGACAUCAACUUCAAGAGCCAGCAUAUCAUCCUGAGAGGUGACAGGAGAGCCAGGCAUCUGUCAGCAGGUGGCUCUCUGCCAGGGGUCCCCGCUGGAGCCCAGUUCUCGGGGUUCGGUCAGCGCUGCGUCCCCAGGAGCUUCUGCCUCAGGGAGUGUCAGCUGGAGCCCCUGAGCCUCACCCACCUCUGUGAGACCCUGGAGAAGUGUCCAGGGCCCCUGGAAAUCAAAUUGUCCUGCGUGGUGCUUAGCGACCAGAGCCUGGACACCCUGCUGAGACACCUACCCCGGCUCCCCCAGCUGAGCCACCUGCAGCUGAGCCAGACACCACUGCCCCCGGGGAGCCCCUUCCUGCUGGCUCACCUCUUCAGCCUGUGCCCACGAGUUCAGAAGGUGGAUCUCAGGUCCUUGGAUGAUGCAACCCUGCACUUCAGGUCUAGCGAGGAGCAGAAAGGCAGAUGCUGUGGCAGGUUCACAGACUGCAGCCUCAGGCCGAAGCACGUGGAGCCACUGUGCGAGUUGCUGAAGAAGUGUGAAGGCCUUGGUCAGCUGGACCUCUCGGGCAACCAGCUGGGGGAUGAUGGACUCGGGUGCCUCCUGAAGUAUCUGCCUCAGUUGCCCAUCUCGAGUUCUCUUGAUCUGAGUAACAACAGCAUCUCUCAAGAAAGUGUCCUGUGCCUGAUGGAGACUCUCCCUUCCUGCCCACGUGUCCGGGAAGCCUCUGUGAACCUGGGCUCUGAGCAGAGCUUCCGGAUUCACUUCUCCCAACAGGAGGAGACUGGGAAGACACUGAGGCUGAGAGAGUGCGGCUUCAGACCAGAGCACGUGACCAGACUGGCCGCUGGCCUGAGCCAGGCCUGGCAACUGACAGAGCUCACGCUGAGCCAGUGCUGCUUGGGCCUGAAAGACCUGACCGUUCUCCUGAGUCUGGUGAGGUGGCCAGUGGGACUGCUCAGGCUCAGGGUGGAGGAGCCAUGGGUGGGCAGAGAUGGGGUGUUCAACCUGCUACAAGUCUGCACCUGGGCCUCAGGCAACAUCACCGAAAUAAGCAUCUCCGAGACCCAGCAGCAGCUCUGUAUCCAGCUGAAAUUUCCUCGUCAGGAGAACCCAGAGGCGAUGGCCCUCAGGUUGGCUCACUGUGACCUUGAGACCCACCACAGCCUUCGUGUCAGGCAGCUGAUGGAGACAUGUGCCUGGCUGCAACACCUCAGCUUGUCCCAGGUGAACCUCUGCCACACCAGCUCCCUGCUGCUGCAAAGCUUCCUGCCGUCCCUCUCGGAGCUGAAGAAAUUCCGGCUGGUCUCCAGCUGUGUGAACUCUGAGAGCCUGGCCCACCUGGCAUCUGGCCUGAGCCACUGUCACAACCUGGAGGAGCUGGAGUUGUCUAACAAUCAACUUGGCGAGGAGGGCUCCAAGGUGCUGAUGGGGGCCCUUGAAGGCAAGAGCUGGCUGAAGAGGCUGGACCUCAGCCACUUCCCCCUGGGCAACUCCACCCUGUCUGUGCUCACUCAAGAACUGAGCCACAUGACCCUCCUGCAGAGCCUCUGCCUGAGUAGGAAUGACAUUAGUGACAUUGGCUGCUACCACCUUUCCAAGACUCUCAAAACUGCCACCAGCUUGAAGGAGCUGGGCUUGAGCCACAACCAGAUCGGAGACACGGGUGCCCAGCACUUAGCUGCUGUCCUGCCCCAGCUGCCUGAGCUCCGGAAGAUAGACCUCUCAGCAAAUGGCAUCAGUCCAGCUGGAGGAGUGCAGUUGGCAGAGUCCCUCGCCCUUUGCAAGCACCUGGAGGAGCUGAUGCUUGGCUGCAAUGCCCUGGGGGACCCCACAGCCCUGGGGCUGGCCCAGGGGCUGCCCCCGCACCUGAGAGUCCUGCACCUGCAGUCCAGCCGUCUGGGCCCAGAGGGAGUGCUGAGCCUCAGCCAGGCCCUGGAUGGAUGCCCACAUUUGGAAAAGAUCAGCUUGGCAGAGAACAACCUGGCCAGACAGGUCCCACAUUUCUGUCAGGGGCUCCCACUACUUAGGCAGAUUGACCUGGUUUCCUGUGAGAUUGACAACCAGGCUGCCAAGCCCCUCGCUGCCAGCUUCGUGCUCUGCCCAGCCCUGGAAGAAAUCCUGUUGUCCUGGAACCUGCUUGGGGACGAGGCUGCUGCUGAACUGGCCAGGGUUCUGCCACGGAUGUACCGGCUGAAGAGAGUGGACCUGGAGAAGAAUCGGAUCACAGCUUACGGAGCCUGGCUCCUGGCUGAAGGACUGGCACAGGGGUCUGGCAUCCAAGUCAUCCGCCUCUGGAAAAACCACAUCCCCCCCGACCUGGCCCAGCGUCUACAGAGCCAGGAGCCCCGGCUGGACUUUGCUUUCUUCCCCAACGAGCCACAGGCCUCUUGGGGUACUUGAUGGCCAGCUCAAGACCCUUUGAAUCCAGCCAAGUGAAGCCAACUUCCACUCGCCAGGAUGGAGGGCUCAGGAAGAGCCGCAGCAGGGUGCCCCUGCACCUGCCCCAGGAGGGAGGGACAUGUUUGUCCUGUUACAGUCUUUGGAGAGGGAUUUUUUUGGGAACCAGGAGCCUGGUGUGGCCAGUAGACUACCCUGUAUCACAUGUGAUAUGCGUGACCAGUAGGAGCAUGUAGCACAACGAGGGUGUCAUGAUGUGAUGCAUGACACGGGUCACAUGUGACAGUUCCAUGUGACAUUACAUGGAACUUGCAGUGUUGCCUGCAGGUCAGUGUCAAGGGUCCUAGCACCAUGCAUAGAAGAACAUAUGAUUGGUGGUUCAUGUAAGACACAUGACAAAUGUCCAUGUUACAUGAUACAUGGCUGCCAAAUGUCCUCAGGCUGGUCCAAGAUCUAAUUUAUUACUUCUUUAAAAAAAACAAGUAUGUAUUUAUAAACUGCAUUUCUAGAGCAACUAAGCCAGAAAAUGUCUUCUGCUCAGAACUGGGAUGGGGAGUGUCUCAACAAUGACCCACCCAGUGGCCCGAGGGCCAGGGCCCUGGACCAAGCCAGGGACUCAGUCAUGAGUCUUCCGGAUGAGUCCCCUCAUCCAGCCUCAAGCCUUGGUUUGCCCAUUAGUAAACUAGUGACUCCUCCAUUUAAAUGCUGACCUACGAGAACUAUGGGCCCAGGUCUAGGGUGAGCCAGCUUGACCUGUGAAAUGGAAGGGGCCCAGCCUGUCCUGUGUAAGGGACAAAGCCAGGUCUAAGGGUGCAAGGAGUGGGCACUUCCAAGAU